AUGUCUGGCCACGAAAAGGCCAUCGAGGCCUUUGUCCUGGCCUCACCACCGGCGUCGGACUCGGAAGCCGCGUCCGACCAUUCCCCGAAUGCCAACAGCCCAGACUCCCCUACCCUCGUCAACCGCGAGUGGUCCACCAAGGCGUCCUUCUGGCGCUGGUUCCACCCCAACGACGGCCCUGCCGAGCGCCGACUGGUGACGAAGCUUGAUGUGUCGAUCCUGGCGUUUGCGUGUGCCGGCUUCUGGGCUCUCUACAUCGACCGCGGCAUGUACAACAACGCGUACAUCAGCGGCAUGAAGGAGGACCUCCAGUUUUACGGUAACCAGUAUGUGCAAAUCAACUCGAUUUUCCUCAUUGGCUACGCCGUCAGCAUCAUCCCCUUGACGCUGAUCAACACGCGCGCGCCGCCCCAGAUCGUCAUCCCCGUGUGCAUGGCCGUCUGGGGCCUCGCAACAUCGCUCGGCGCACGGGCGCAGUCCUACGGCGAGCUGGCCGGCUACCGUUUCCUGGUGGGCCUGGGCGAGGGCGCCUUCUUCCCGUCCAUCCACUACGUGUUUGGGUCCUGGUAUCGCCCGGACGAGCUGGCACGGCGGUCCGGGCUCUUCUACGUAGCGGGCAGCGUGGGAACCAUCUCGACGGGGUUCCUGGCGGGCCGAAUCUACGCCGACCUCGAUGGCGCCCUCGGGCACGCGGCAUGGCGCUGGAUGUAUCUGGUCGGCGGCGUCAUUGCGCUUCCCAUUGCUCUCUUUGGCAUCCUCACCUUUCCUGGCACGCCGCAGCACCCCAACAAGCGGCUGUUCCGCGAAGACGAAUUGGCGCUCGCCCGCGCCCGGCUGGCGGCCAUGGGCCGGCGGUCCACCCGAAAGGCGUCGUUGGUGUUCUCGCUGUCGUCGGUCCGCCGGUUCGUCGGGCGCUGGCACGUUUGGGUGCUGGUGCCGUGGAGCAUAGUCUACCAGCAGGGCUACCUGGCCAUGCUCCAAGGGACGUACACGCUGUGGAUCAAGUCGGUGGCCGGCAGCCACCACUACUCCACGGCCACCGUCAACAACCUGACGGCCGUGCCGCCCUGCGCCGCCAUCGUGGCCAUUGUCCUCUUUGCCUGGGUGGCCGACCGGUUUGGCGUUCGCGCGCGUCUGCCGCUGUUUGCCCUGGCGCACACCGUUGCCUUUCUCGGCCUGGUCGCGUUCGUCGCAUACGACCACUCGCCCUUUGCGUACAAGUGGUUUGGCGUUGCCGUCAGCAAUGUCGAGAACGCCAUGGUGCCCGUCAUGUACUCGUGGGCGAACCUGAUCUGCACCGACGACGCCGAGGAGCGCGCCUUUGUCCUCAGCGCGAUGCUGGCAUUUGCCAUGGCGUUCAACAGCUGGGUGCCCAUCCUGUCCAUGCCCACGGUGGAGGCGCCGCGGUAUUUCAAGGGCUACUUGGUGUGUCUGCUGAUGCAGCCAGUCGCACUCGCCCUGGCGUUUCUGGUGGACUAUCUUCACCGAAGAGAGGUGCAAAAGAAGGCGAGGGCAGCAGGAGACGAGGCAGAGGGCAGUGCAUAA